AUUCACAAAGUUCUUGAUACUCGUACAAUCCAUGAUUUAUCUCAACAAGAGGUUGAAGUAUACAGAGAUGAAAUUGGCACUAAUAGGAUUGAGUUAAUGACAUUGAGAAUCAACCAUAAUAUCAGGAAUGGUGCUGAGUUUAAUGUUAAUGCAAAAAUUUAUGCCGAAAUCAAUAUCGAUACCAUACUCAUCGAUGAAUAUAAUUUUAUCGCUAAUACUGGCAAUCAAUCUGAAGCAACUAUUUUAAAUAUUAACAACAAUAACAUGCCGGCUCACGUUGUUAAUAGAGUCUAUGUUGUAUUCUCCGUAUCUAAGAUUGAUUAUGAUGAACAAAGUGAUGAUUAUAUUGUGUUGGAAACU